CAGUUGAAAUUUUCACAAAGACUAUAACCUAGAAUUUAUUUUAUUUGAGGUGGCUCCUAUACAACAAACGUGAUUUUUUGCUCGUUUCUGGUACGGAACCUUACGUAUGCGAGUCCGACUCGCACUUGGCCGGUUUUCUAGAUGUUGGUCUCGACCGGGAGCUACAUAAAACUGACAAAAAUCGCGCGGAAUUUUAAUUGCAAUGCCGACAAGGAGUCGUGUCAUUAAAAAAUUAGGCAAUUUAAAAUCACGAUACGAUAAAAUCCUUAAUAAAAAAAUGAUAAUUGGAAAACCACAGAAUAAUACUUUCAUAGAUUUAUUACAUUAAAUAGAAAAAGCUAAAUGCCAACUGUAAAUAAGCCGUAUCAAGCAAUUCUCGAUACCGGCAAUUUUUAUAAGUACUUGUGAGUACUUACCGUGCUGUACUAACGCUUUUAAUAGUAUCGAUAUCUACUAGGUAUUGAAAGUAUAGACAAACUUUUACUGAUUUACGUAUUAUUUCCUUCUUGGUCUGUGUGUGUUAGUAAUUUUAAAAUGACGUACGUUACAGUUUUGUCUUAACUUGUUUUUAGUUAAUGUUUUUUGGUGUUUAGUAAUUUAAUAAUACUUUCAUAAACACUGGUAAUGGCUCCUAAAGAAACAACAAAAGUUACUCCAAAAGAACGUACUAUAGUAAAAUCAUUGGCUUCGAAAAGCAAAACUCCAGCUUCUCCAUUGAAAAAGACCAUGUCGAGUAAGCCAGCAACUGCGAAAGUGCCUUUAAAAAAUAAUAAUGCUGUUGGAUCAAGACAACGAACUAGUACAGUUCCGAAAGUAGCUACACCUAAGCCUAAAGAAAAUAAAUCGGUUCCUUUACCCUCUAGUGUAACGAAAAGCGCUAAAAAAGCGUCUUGGAAGCGACGACCUAAGGCAGCACACUCAGGUGUUCCAGUCCCUGAAAAAAUGAAAAAACUUUUAGAGAAAGUAUUGCAAGAGUCAGAAUGUGAUCUGUGAUUUUCAAAGACUGAUACGAGAUUGUUUGUCAGUCAAAGUAGAAAUAUUGACUCUUGGAUUUAUUUAAAGUCACUAUGUUGACUAAAAGACAACCUUAAAAUUAAAAUUGUGUUACAGUGUGGAAUCCCAUCAGCUUAGUUAUUUAGAGAGUGGUAAUUCUAUCUCUAAAAUAUUUCUAGUAAAGAGUAAAUUAAACUUAUAAUAAUAGCAUAUUAUACAACCACUAUCUGCUGUAUAACU